AUGUCAGCCCCAAGAUUCAUCCUCUCACCUUGCACACCAGAAGACGUGCCCGCGAUGGUAGCAACCUACCUCUCGGCCUUCGAGCACGACUAUUUCGCUAGUUACUGUCUGCCCACCUCAACCAUCACACCGGAAGAAAAGCUGCACUGGCUCAACGCACGAUUUCUAAAACUCUUCAGUUCGCCCGAAGUGCGGUCCUUUAAAAUCACAGAUGCGAAUAACGGGAACCGGCAAGCGGCGUUUUCGAGAUGGACGUUUCCGUAUGUUUUUAGUGAGGAGGAGAAGCGGGUAAGGGAGGAGGACAAGAAGGAGAGGGAGAGGAGGAAGAAGGAGGAUGGGAUUGAUGUCAAGUGGCCUGUGGGUGCGAAUUUGGAGGUUUGUGAUUUGAAAUUUGGGCCUAUGGAUAGCUGUCGAGAGUCAAGUAUUAAUGCGGAAGAGACUUAUGUAUGCGGUUUGCUUGCCGUGCACCAAGACUAUUGGAGACAGGGACUUGGCGGCAUGUUGCUCAAUCAAGUGAUUGCUAUGGCUGAUGCUGAGGGACGAAGGAUAUGGAUCGAGGCAACGCCGGCUGGAAGGCCGCUUUAUGCUAAGCUUGGGUUUAAGGAGGUCAAUUUGAUAGAGGUCGACUUGUCCAGGUGGGGUGGAAAGGAACCAGGGCGGAAUUGGUGUAUGGUGAGGGAACCCCAGAAGAAGAUAUAA